UUUCAUAAUAUCCGGUAUAGUGCCUAACAUUUUCCUAUUUUCGGCAAAAUGGCUACCUCGUUGCUGAAGGUCACUAGUAGCGCAGCUAGAAUUUUAAAUUCUACUCAAAGGUUACCUUUUGUUGCAGCCUUAGGCCAUAAGAGAUGGAAGUCUGCCCAAGCAUUGACCUACGAACAGGCAGUUCUCAACAUGCCAGAAACACGGGUUACCACUCUGGGGAAUGGUGUCAGGGUUGCCACAGAGGACUCUGGAAUCAUUACCAGCACUGUUGGUAUUUGGAUUGAUGCUGGUAGUAGGUAUGAAAAUGCUAAGAAUAAUGGUGUGGCACACUUCCUUGAACACAUGGCUUUUAAGGGCACAAAGAAAAGGACCCAGACAAACUUAGAGCUGGAAAUAGAAAACAUGGGAGCCCAUCUAAAUGCCUACACUUCUAGGGAACAGACUGUGUACUACGCCAAAUGUUUUGCUAAAGAUCUCCCUAAAGCUGUAGAGAUUUUGGCCGACAUUACACAGAACAGUUUACUGGGUGACCAGGAAAUUGAACGAGAGAGAGGUGUCAUUCUUAGAGAAAUGCAGGAAAUUGAAACCAAUCUACAAGAAGUUGUAUUUGAUCAUCUUCAUGCUAUGGCUUACCAAGGAACUUCUUUGGGACAAACUAUCUUGGGACCCACUGAAAACAUCAAAUCAAUCUCUCGCAAUGACCUGGUAGAAUAUAUUAGCAACCACUACAAAGGACCUCGCAUAGUUCUUGCAGCAGCUGGGGGAGUAAACCAUGAGGAGCUUUGCAGCCUGGCUGAUCAAUAUUUUGGAAAGAUGACUGCAGGUUAUGAUAAUGAAAUUCCAGUCCUGCCCCAGGCUAGAUUCACUGGUAGUGAGAUGAGGGUAAGAGAUGAUCAGAUGCCCUUGGCCCAUGUUGCCAUUGCUGUUGAAGGAUGUGGUUGGCAGAACCCAGACAACCUUGCACUGAUGGUUGCCAACACUUUGAUUGGCAGCUGGGACAGGUCACAUGGUGGGGGCUCCAACCUGCCGAGUCGACUGGCCCAGAACACAGUCAAGCUGAACCUGGCUCACAGCUUCCAAUCUUUCAAUACAUGCUACACAGACACUGGCUUGUGGGGUAUUUAUUUUGUUGCUGAUAAAUUACAGAUUGACAACUUUAUUUUUAAUGUACAGCAAGAAUGGAUGCGCCUGUGUGGUGGUGUCAGGGAGGGGGAAGUUGAGAGAGCCAAGAAUCUUUUGAUGACCAAUAUGCUGCUCCAACUUGAUGGCUCUACUCCAAUUUGUGAAGAUAUUGGAAGACAAAUGUUGUGCUAUGGUAGAAGGAUACCAAUUGAUGAGCUAGAGAUCAGACUAAAGGCCAUAAAUGCUGAUACCUUGAAGGCUGUGUGCACCAAGUACUUGUAUGACAAAUGUCCAGCUGUUGUAGGAGUUGGUCCUAUUGAAGCUUUAACAGAUUAUAACAUUGUGAGAGCUGGCAUGUAUUGGCUGAGGACAUAACACACACAACUUUAGGAUCAUGCAGUUAUUUUAUUUGUCUGAAACAAUGUGAGAAUGUUCAAUUUGAAACUAUACUCUUGUGGCCAUAUAAGAGUAAAGAAGAAAUCUUAAACAGUGCUGUUUUAAAGUUGUAGUAAUAUGAUUCAAACCUGAAAGCUGACAAUUGCCUGGUAGUUUAGAUUUUGUCUACAAAGUGCAGUUGAAGCCGUCAAUUUUGUCAUAAUUUGUUGUUUAUUCUGUAAUGAGAUGUUUGUCAGUUAUGGGAAGUAAAUUAAAAUUUUGUACAGUA